AUAAAUAGGAAGUAGUAACCCGGAAGUUUAAGGAUUAAUUUUAAUUUUUAAUGACACCUGUGAUUAAUUUUGUACGGUCAAUCAUCUAUUGCCAGUUCUGUGAAACAUUUGUUUUAAAGUGAUCAAUUUAUACCUCAAUAACUGUAAUCGUAACUGAAACUCUUAUUGACCUUCCUAAAAAGUCUUUCGUCGGUUUGUUGGUAUUUUCGAAAUUUUUUCGAAAAUUAAGCUAUGAAUUGUCUAGUGAGAUCCCCAGCUAAUUUAAGCAAUUAUAUAAAAGUAUCCAAACAAGUAAUUGGAUCCGUUAGUGGAGAAGUAGCUGCUCCUUUCAAAGUUCCUGAGGAAAGUGUGAAAGUCCCAAGUCAACCUCUGAAACUCACGUCCAGAAGUUUAGCUGCAAGUGCACAAGGGGGACAACUUUUUGCACAAGCUGCUGGAUUUGGUGUGCUCGGACAAGUUCGAUUGGCUCACACAGACAUACAGGUUCCAAACUUUGAUUAUUACCGGAAGGAUGAGCUGAAAGACCCUACUUCAUCUUCACGAGAUUCUGAAGAUGCUCGAAAACUUCAAUCAUAUGUUGCAUUGACAGUUGCUGGCGUUGGUGGUGCAUAUGCUGCUAAGAACGUUGUCACUCAAUUUAUUUCUUCAAUGGCAGCCAGUGCUGACGUUCUGGCUCUGGCUAAAGUGGAAGUCAGCCUUUCCGAGAUAGAAGAAGGGAAGAGCAUGACAUUCAAGUGGAGAGGAAAACCCCUCUUUGUGAGGCAUCGUACUCAGGAGGAAAUUAAGAAGGAAAGUGCUGUAGAUAUCACGCAGCUGAGAGACCCACAAGCUGAUAUAGAUAGGGUGCAAAAACCAGAAUGGCUCGUCCUGAUUGGAGUCUGUACUCACUUAGGCUGUGUACCCAUCCCUAAUGUAGGGGACUACAAAGGCUACUUUUGCCCAUGCCACGGUUCCCACUACGAUGCAUCCGGAAGAAUUAGAAAAGGGCCAGCUCCCCUAAAUUUAGAAGUACCCCCAUAUGAAUUCACCACUGACUCCACUCUCAUGGUUGGUUGAGUGAAGAAAAAGAAAGAAAAGACAAUUGAAAACAGAUGUAAAAAAUAAUUUAUUUAUCAGCAGCAAAAUAAAUGAUUUAACAAUGUAUAAAGCAUGAAAAGCAACAACUGUAAGUUAGGCAAUCUUGCAUAGAAAUAUGAAUUUUACAAUUAAUUAAAAUUUACAUUAAAGUGAAA